AACAACAACAAUAACAAUAAUAAUAAUAAUAAUCAUAAUCAUAAUCAUAAUAUAACAAAAUUAUCGACUAAAAGACUAACUACAAUUGAUGCUGCUGCUAUUGCAAAUUCUACAAAUGUACGCAAUCAACGAUUAGUGAAAAAAGAUUUAAAACAUUUAAUCGAAACGAAUAAUACAUUUCAAUCACGAUCAUCAAAUAUUUUUCAUACGAAAUUGAUAACGAAAAAUAAAUCAAUUAUAAACAACAACGACAACGAAGAAAACGAUAACGUUGACGUUGACGAUAAUAUGAUGGACAAAUCAUCAUCAUCAUCAUCAUCAUCGACUGCAUCAUCCGAUGGUGAAGAAAUGGUUGCCAAAGAUAAGGCUUCCAUCACCUUAAAGAAUUUACAAGAUUCUCAUGAUGUGCAACCACCACCACCACCACCACCACAACAACAACAACAAAUAGAAUCGGACAAAAAGUCCAGUGAUCAUCAUCAUCAUCAUCAUCAGCAUCAACAUCAACAUCACCAUCAACAACAACAUCAGCAUAAAAAUACCAAUGACUCAAAUUUAGCUGAUCUAAUCAAACGAUUAAAAUGUCAAAUAACACAGCUACAGGAUCUUGUUACACAAAAAGAUAAAAAAAUACUUGAUCUCAAUGAAAAACUUGAUCAACAAAGUGAUUAUGAUGAAAUAAAACGUGAAUUAUCAAUGGUUCGUAAUGAACUAAGUCAUUUUGGACCAAUAGUUUCAUUGGAUCCAAUCACCUCAAUUACGACCGCUGAUGAUGACGAUGAUGAUGAUGAUGAUGAAAAUGUUGGUGAUGAUAAUAUUGUUGAUAAUGAUAAUAAUAGACCAUCAUCAACAUCAUCACUACCACCACCACCACCACCAUCAACGAACAUAAUGUCAACAAUAGAUACUAAUAAUACAACAAAUCUGAAUAAUAAUGCAAAUAAUAAUAAUAAUCAGAAUCAGAAUCAACGGAAUUCACUUUCUUCUCAUCGUCAUCAGCAGCAUCAUAAUAUUUCACCACCAACAACCACAUCAUCAUCAUCAUCACCAAUGUUUAAUCCAUUCAAUUUUCCACCAUUACAAAGUCUUGGUAAUGUUGAAUCAUUUGGUUCAUUACUUGGUGAAGAGAUUGCCAAUUCAUAUGCAAAAGUAAUGGCAGCUGCUGCUGUUGCAUCAUCAAAUUCUUCUUCAAGCAAUAAUAAUAAUAAAACAAAUCAUCAUUCAUCAUCAAGUCAUUGUAGCAAUCAUAAUAAUAAUAAUGAAAAUUUUUCAGAUUCACCAUCACAUUUAUCAAAUGGAGAAAUUGGUAGUGGUGAUGGUUGUGGUGCUGGUGUUGGUGGUGGUGGUAAUGAAACAUUAGAAUUGGAUAAAUCAACCAUCGAAAGUGUAACGACAACACCGACAGCUAGUGCAAUGAUAUGUUCAAUGGAUGGUGCUGAACCAUUAACACAUAGCCCAUUAGGUGCAACCACCGUAACAGAUCUGGGAUUAAUACCAAAUAAUUAUUCACAUAAUAUAUUCUAUGAUAAACUACAACAUCAAUUACGAUAUAAUGUUGAAAAAUAUAUGAAUGAAACAUUGAAUACCUUGCAUAUAUCACGUUUUGUACGAGAAUUAUUAUCGAUACAUAAUAUUGGACAAAGAUUAUUUGCCAAAUAUGUUCUCGGUCUUUCACAAGGUACUGUUAGUGAACUAUUAUCUAAACCGAAACCAUGGGAUAAAUUAACAGAAAAAGGUCGUGAUUCAUAUCGAAAAAUGCAUGCCUGGUCAACAGAUGAACGUUGUAUUAAUCUGCUCAAAAUGAUGGUACCACGUAAAGAAUAUGGUUCUUAUCUAGGAAAAGAUUCAAAUAGCUAUAAUAAACAGGAUGAAACAAGUGGUGCCGAAGAACGUAUUGCACAUAUUCUUAAUGAAGCUCAAAGAUCAAUGAAAGGUUCAUCAUCAUUGAAUCGUCAGGAGCUGUUGGCACAUUCAUUCAUAAAUGGAGAUAAUAUUGCUGCAUCGAUGGCCGCAACAGCUAAAACGAUGGCCGAUUUAAAAGAACUGAAAAAUGUUGUCAAUGAUACCAUAAGCGAUAAUGGUAGUGAUCGUGAUGAAAAUAAAUCGGAAACGCAAUCACUUUGUGAUCGUAAAUCACCAUCAUCAUUGAUGAAUCCAACGGCAAUGGCAACAAUUAGCAAUUUUUAUAAAAAUAUCAAUGAACCUUCAAUUCAUAAUGAACGUUCAAGCAAUAAUCGUACACCGGUUCGAAAUACACCAUCAAAAUUACCCGAUAAUAAUGAAGAUGCAUCUGAAUUGAUACGUCUAUAUCAAGCUUUGAUCGGCCAACAAAUCGAAGAAGGAUUACGUAAUCCUCAGAAUUAUGAUGACAUUCGUAAUGUGAUCGCAUUACAUCAGGAACUUUCACGGCUCAAUCCAUUCAUUGCCCAACAAUCAAAUCCAGAAUUAAUUGCACGUUUAUUUUCAACUGGUUUGUUUAACGGAGUAAAUUAUCUGAAUGGACUUCCAUUGGCGAUGGAUUCAUCAUUACAAUCUGGUGGCAAUCAAUUAGUAGACACUGCUAUGCGUAAAUUAUCACCACUUGAUUCACCACAACAACAGCAACGUGAAUCGAAUGCUCAACAGGAUUCACCACGAAUCAAAAUCGACAAUCUAUUGGGUCAAAUGAAAACUGAUUCAUCAUCACCAUCACAUAAUGGUAAUAGUUCAUCAACUGGUCAUCCUUGUCAGCUCAAUUCGUCUAAUACACCAUCAUCAAAUGCUGUUUUCAACAAUGCGGCGGAUUCGCCGGACGAUUUGGCCGCUUCACCAUUGCAACGGAUUCAAUCGAUAACAAAUUCAUUACUUUCACAAUCAUCAUUACCAACAUUACCAAGUCAACCUCCACGGCCAGCGAAAGCCGUAUUACCACCGAUUACUCAACAACAAUUUGAUCAAUAUAAUAAUCUUAAUACGGAAGAUAUUGUUAAACGUGUCAAAGAACAAUUAAGCCAAUAUUCGAUUAGCCAACGAUUAUUUGGUGAAAGUGUUCUAGGUCUUUCACAAGGUUCCGUAUCGGAUUUAUUAGCACGACCAAAACCAUGGCAUAUGUUGACACAAAAGGGACGUGAACCAUUCAUAAGAAUGAAAAUGUUUUUGGAAGAUGAUAAUGCCAUACAUAAAUUGGUGGCUAGCCAAUAUAAAAUUGCGCCGGAAAAACUUAUGAGAACCGGUAAUUUUGUUACUGGACCGGGAAUUCCACCUACCGGCAUACCGGGUAUUAAUCCAGCUGCAGUCAUUGCACCGCCACCACCACAAUUACCUGGUUCACCACAAUCAUUACCGCAAUUGAAUACAUUGGCUACAGCAACUGUUCCAACGACGAAAAAUUCAUCAAAUUCGAUUAAAGGUCCAAAUGCAGCCGAUUUAGCUCUAAAAUAUGAACAAUCAUUAAGUCCAAGUAGCGUAGACAAUAGUAUACGAUCAAAUACAUCAAGUCCAGAUCUUGCUUCAUCCAUUACGACUGUUCCAUCACCUACAGCAGCAGCUGCAUCGUCACCAUCAUUGUCGAUGAGAUCUCGAUUAUCAGCUGCAUAUAACAUGAGCAAUAAUCUGCUAAGACCGGUAAUGAAUCAGCCACCGAAUAACUACAUGCAACCAUCAGUCUAUGAAUUGGCAGCAUUGACAUCCGAUUUAGAUACACAAAUCAUUACGACACGAAUCAAGGAAACAUUGAUGGCUCAUAACAUCGGACAAAAGAUUUUUGGUGAAGUUGUUCUUGGACUAUCACAAGGUUCAGUCAGUGAAUUAUUGUCUAAACCAAAACCAUGGCAUAUGUUGAGUAUCAAAGGUCGUGAACCAUUUAUUCGAAUGCAAUUGUGGCUAAAUGAUACCAAUAAUAUUGAUAAAUUACAAACAUUAAAAAAUGAACGACGAGAAGCGAAUAAACGGCGUCGUACUCAUCUAGAUGAAAGCCUUCCCAAUUUCAAACCAUUUGACAAUCAAUUAUUGAAUCAAUUCCCCAAUUUUGGUCAACUAAAUUCUUUAAGUAAAAGCAUGAUUGCUUCUCCUGGCUCUACCGGUACAGGAUUUGGUCUUUCACCGAUGGCAACUGGACAACCAGUUGUGAAAAAAGCUCGAAUACUAUUCACUGAAGAACAAAAAGAAGCACUUCGAGUAGCCUUCUCGAUGGAUCCAUAUCCAAGUUCAGCGACGGCCGAAUUUCUAGCUAAAGAAUUAAAUCUAUCCAUUCGUACAAUAACCAAUUGGUUUCACAAUCAUCGUAUGCGGCUAAAACAAAUAAAUAGUUCUGCUAGCAGUAGUAACGAUCAAGAUUCAAGUAAUCCAGCAACAGCUGCCGGUUAUAAUCUGGGUCGUGAUAAUGUCCUUUUUGAUCAAAAUAAAUUCCGUCAGUUACUUUCACAUAGGCUGUCCGAUAUAAAACAACGUUCAAACAAUCUCAAUAACAAUAGCAAUCAUGGUAACAAUAUAAACGAUAAUUCCAAUCAAUUUGGUUCGCCCACAAUAUUCCCUUCAUCACAGAAUUCCCCACCAUCAAAUCAUCGAAUGAAAUAUUCACCAUCAAUGUUUCAGACACAAUCAAUCUAUUCGAAUAAUACAAACAGUUGUUCAUCUCCUGGAUCAAGUUCAUCAUUUCAUGAAGAAGAAGAUCUUGGAACAUUGGAUCUAAGUAUCUCUAGUCAUCAUGGUCAUGUUAAUCCGAAUCAAUUUCGUUCACAUCGAUCACCAGAUAAAUUGGAUAGUACUGGUCGUAGUUCAAUGCAUGAUGAUUCUGAUGAUGGUUGUCGUGAUACAGGAGAUGAUGAUGAUAAUGAUGUCUCUAUGGCCGGUAAUACAAAUGCAAUUUCAGCCUCAAAUGAUCAACAACAAUCAAAAUCAUCAUCCAAACAACGUCGUUCGGGUAGUAGUCGACGAAAACCAUUGAAUGUUAUGAGUUCAAGUUCUCGACGAAAAGCGGCACAACCACAACAAUGGGUUGCACCGGUUGAUCCAUCCACAUUAAUUGGUGAUGAUGAUUAUAUUGAUGAUGAAUUUGUUGGUGAUGAUGAUGAUUUUACAACAACCGGUGACAAACAACAACCAUCACAAUCAUCAUCAUCUACGGCCAUAUCUAAAACGAAUAUUAUACAACAAGAAUGUGUUCAGUAA